GUGUUCAGUUUGUUUAUAACGCGUGGAGCCUUCAGGUGACCCGACACUGAACUGACCUGUAGACGCCGCGUCACGUCCAGCUGAGGUGGAAUAUCAGAGUCCAGAGAUCCGCAUCCCGACACAAAGUCCUGCUCGUCGCCCAGAGUGUGAUGUGACUAGUUGGUUUGACCUUCUUCCAUCUAUCUCUCCACGUCAGUGAAGAUCAGUCGGAGAUGACAGCCAUUUUGACAGCAAGAGGAGCCAGAGGGCUGAAGUCUCUCCAGAUCCUGAUGUUUUGCCUCCUCCCACUGCUGUGGUUGCAGCCUGCAGACUCCAACCCUCCUCCAGAUGCCAAAGCCAGGAGCCAAACCGGACCCCGGCUGCAGGUCUCCCACUCAGACCUGAGGAAUGGUUCGGCUGUCUUCUGGGAGGGCGGAGUCAGCGGUGGAUACCAGACCUUGUUAUUGGACGAGGAUCAAGGAUGGCUGUUGGUCGGAGGGAAAGACCACAUCUACCUGCUGAGUCCUGACAGCUUAGAUCUGCCCACGCGUACGAUCCACUGGCCUGCUGCCAGAGAACAUGUGGAGCACUGCAGGCUGGCAGGGAAAAGUCUGGAGACAGACUGUGCCAACUUUGUGCGGCUGCUGCAGCCUUUCAAUAAGACCCAUGUGUACGUUUGUGGUACCGGCGCCUUCCAUCCUCAGUGUACAUACCUGCACUUAGGACACAACACAGAGGAGCCAGCGUUCAUGUUGUCUCAUACGGUGGAGUCGGGCAGAGGAAAAUGUCCCUUCAGUCCGAGGGAGCCUUUCACUGCUAGACUGACUGAUGGUGAACUUUAUGCAGGUACCUCCGUAGAUUUCAUGGGAGCCAAUGCUGCCAUCUUCCGUACGUCCAUCCAGGGCGGCAGUCAACAUUACAUCCGGACUGAAGCCUACGAUCACAACUGGCUCAAUGAGCCGGAGCUUGUGGGCUCCUUCUCCAUCCCCGACACUCACAGUCCAGACGACGACAAGGUCUACUUCUUCUUCAAGGAGAGGGCGGUGGAGGCCGGACAGUGGGACAAGAGGGUGUACAGCCGGGUGGCUCGCGUCUGCAAGAAUGACGUAGGGGGGAAGAGGAGUCUCAUCAACCGUUGGACCACCUUCCUCAAAGCCAGGCUGAUCUGUUCUGUCCCCGGUCCGUCCGGAGUCGACACACAGUUUGAUGAGCUAGAGGACAUCUUUGUUCUGGAGACCAAGGACCCUCAGAACCCGACCAUCUACGGCGUCUUCAGUACAUCCAGCUCUAUAUUUCGUGGUUCAGCAGUAUGUGUGUACUCCAUGGCGUCUAUCCGUGCUGCAUUCAAUGGGCCGUUUGCUCAUAAAGAAGGUCCGGACUUUCGCUGGGUGGAGUACAAGGGCCGCAUCCCCUAUCCAAGACCUGGCACUUGUCCCAGCGAAACCUACGACGCUCAGCACAAAUCCACCAAGGACUUCCCAGACGAGGUGGUGAGCUUCAUGCGGCAGCACCAGCUGAUGUGGGAGCCCGUCCUGCCUGUGGGUGGAAGGCCCAUCCUGACCCAGGUCAACGCGCCGUACAUGUUAAAGAAGGUCGUCGUGGACAGAGUGGACGCCGAGGACGGACCCUACGAUGUCUUACACCUGGGCACAGAUGAUGGGAAGGUGGUGAAGGUCGUGUCAGUCAUCAAAGACAACUGGGACACAGAGGAGAUCAUUCUAGAGGAGCUGACUGUCUUCCAGACGCCCACUCCCAUCCUGAGCAUGGAGCUGUCGACCAAGAGACAACAGCUCUAUGUGUCCAGUGAGCUCGGCGUGGUCCAGCUGGGGCUCCAGAGGUGUGAGUUAUACGGGGCCGACUGCGCUGAGUGCUACCUGGCCAGAGACCCCUACUGCUCCUGGGACGGACAGACCUGCUCCAGAUUCUUCCCCACCAGCAAGAGGCGGGCGAGGAGACAGAAUAUAAAGUACGGAGACCCCUGGAGUCAGUGUCCAAUCACAGCAGACGAUUCGGACUCUGUGGAGGUGAAGGUGGUGUACGGUGUGGAGGGAAACUCAACCUUCCUGGAGUGUGUUCCUCGCUCGCUGCAGGCUGAGCUCAAGUGGACGGUGCAGGAAACGGAGAGCCGGCAGCAAAGUCUCAGUCAGACGCAGAUCCCUCGGGGCGAUGAGAACCGCUUCCUCCACAUGAAGCGGGGGUUGCUGAUUCAACGCCUGCAACUGGCUGACAUUGGCCUCUACACGUGCUCCAGCCACGAGCACACCUACAUCCAGGUCCUGGCCCAAUACCGUGUUCACGUUAUCCCCAACGACAGCCUCCACCCAACCCGCUACCAGCAGAGCCACAGCCCGAACCAAGCGGGCCCCGUGAUCCUCGGGAAGAUCCACCAAGCCGGGGCAGGGGUCGCCGGGUUUCUCGGCCAGUCGGGGGCCUCUCAUCCACCACCACCUCUGCCGGGACAAAGGAACUCGUGGCUGGCCCAGCAUCCUCAGCAGCUUCCUCUGAGGAGCUACAAAGACCUGCACAUGGUGGGGACCAACAGUCUGAGCGUGGACGAGUACUGUGAGCAGCUGUGGUACCGCGAGAAACGCCGGCAGCAGAAACUCCGCACUCUGAAGCUGAAACAGGAGAGCAGGAAAGCCCGGGUGAGGAGGAACAACCCUCCUGAGAUUCCCCUCUAGUCGCCCGGAGAACACAGAGACUGUCUUCGGACAACAGAUCCUGUACAUGCAGAGAGGACAAGGAAAGGUUUAAGAGAGAAUGUUUGCUUUUUGAGCAAAAAAAUGCCAGCUGGUAAAGUGUCACCAACUGUAUUUGCCAUUAAAGACUGACAGUAAUAAGAAAAAAGAGAGAAAAAGUGUAUCCCUCUGUCUAUGAAUUUAUGUUAUUAGCAAUAUUCAUUAUUGUUUGGGACGUAUUUAGCUCCAAGCUGCAGCUAAAAUUGUAAAAUAUUAUUUUGUACGUCAAAAAAAGUUCAGACUCUGCUCAUGACACACACGUCAGAAUCACGCGUGUGCCAAGUAUUACGGCGUAUAACACAUUAAAGCAUGCAAAGAUGUUGCAGACAGUUUAGACACUAUCCCGCGUUAUCUGGCCAUCUGAACAGAAACUAGUAGACACGGUUAAAUGGGAAAUAAUGCAGCUGAUCUGAUUUCUGCUAACAUUAUGUCAGCUUAUUAACACUCAAGUACAAGCUACAAUUUUAUUGUGGCUCUCAGAUGUACCUUAACAUUAAUAUUUGUUGUUUUUGCUAAAAUAUCCUGAUUAGCCAAGAUAAUUAGCUUAGCAAUGCCAAAAACCGUUUAAGCUGACUGACUUGAGUUUAAAGUUGAGUAGGGAGACUAGUACGCUAAAGUAGGGAACCUUGUCAGACUAAUUACUUUUACUUAAAUGUUAUGAGUUUGCAAGUAUAGGCUAUAUACACUCCAACAAUACUUUUUGGAGAAUGUACCCUUUUCUACCCAAAAUAUCUAUUUAGACCUUCAAUACAACCAGUUCUUUAGUGCACCUUAGCUGACAUGAAAUGUGCUGCAAAUCUGCAGAUUCUUCAUAACGGACUGACAUGCAGGUGGAAAUGUAUCAGGAUCUCACACACAAUGCAGACAGAAAUAUGUUUAUUAUAUAUAUACACAGCAUAAUUUAAGGACAGAAGACUAAACAAGAAAAGUGUUUGCCCACUUCACUGCUAUACAACAAAAACAUGUAAUGUUUUCAACAUUAAUAUUUAUGUUUAUGCUCUGUUUCAUACGUACCUAAUGAGUGGAAUAAAGGCCUCAAAGGAAACGCACACAUGAAAUGGACCUUGCUUGAAAAUACACUUUGUAAAGCUUAUUAAUUCUUCUGCAUAACCAAUAAUUGUUCGCAUUAUUCGCAUCACUGUAUAUUAAAGAACUCUAUUUUUGAUAGUUUUCUUCUAGAAUUUAGUGUAUUUUCUCAGUGUUUUUAUAAACUUGUGUGUUUCUCAUUUAAGCAAAAUUAAAACUUUUGUUUGAACUUCAUAACUCUACUUUGUAGAUCAAGAAGUGAGUACUGAAAUUGUGUUAAACUGUAUGUGAAUAGGCCACAAAAAUGUCAAAUAAAAACAUAAAAACUUU